CUGGCCCCCCGCCAAAGAGCGGGCCCAAAGUGGUUGAGUUGGGCGAGCGUUGUGAGGACGCGCCCCGUUUCAGAGGAAAUGUAAUCUCAUGCACGCAGAGCGACACCCGUCAGCAUACACUGCCUGUGACCGCGGUACUUGGUCCCGCACCCCCCAACACGCACAAGCAAGCACGACAGUGAGGCCCUGUCCCUGCCCUGCAGCUGCACCUGCGGCAGGUGCUCGAUUCCGACACUAGCGCGGCUCUCUCCCGAGCAUCAUCGCGUCGACAGACCCCCCACAACUGCUCAGAACAGCCGGUUCUUCGCGCGACUGUGGCCCCGUAAUGAUGCACAGGCUCCCCUCGCUAUCCACACGACCAUCACUCAAAUUGCACGCGUGCGCCUGCGCCUCCUGAAAUCUGCGCGGCGGCCAUGGACGACUUCAAGCCGGAGCUGCUGAAAGCUCUCCUCGACUGGGUCAACACAUUCGACCUCGCCGGGCGGGUCAGCGCCUGGAACCAGCUCGAGGACGGCCAGGUCCUCUGGCAGAUUCUCGCCGACAUCGACCCCGACUACUUCAACGAAUCGCUGCCCAACCUCGACGAGGGCACCGAUCGCCGCCGCUCCAUUGCAGACAACUGGAUUCCCAAAUGGCAGAACCUCAAGCACAUCGAGCGCCAAGUCUCGAUAUACAUACGGGAAGAAUGCAACCAGCUGCCCGUCCUUACCAAGCGCAUGAUACCAGACCUAAAGACUGGUGCCAGAGAUGGAAGCCUGCAGCUCACAGCAAAGCUCACCAUGGCGAUAUUAUUCGCUGCCUAUACAUCGCCCAAGAGCGGUCAGAGAAUGCUGGAGCACAUGGGGCAGCUUAGCACCGAGAAGCAGGGGGUCAUUGCAGGAGGUAUACAGGAGUUGCAAUCGCUAGACGAACGCAUGGCAGAGCUCGGCGUCGAGCAAGAGCUCACGGCUGAGCCACCUCUCCCGACAUCUCUCUCAGGAUAUCGGACGCCCACGCGGGCCGUCUCGGGUACUGCGUCCGCCGUGGGAAAGGACUCCGAGCUAGAGCAGGAGGCGCUGCUGUUCGAGGCCAACAAAGAUCGAACCACAUUGCGGAGUCAGGUCACAAAGUUGCAGGAAGAAUUGAACAAGUCCAAAGACAGGAUAUCACACCUAGAGGAAGAACUUGUUGAAGCAAGACUCCACCUGGACGACCGAGGUGCGGGAGGCGCUACGUCGGACGAGGUCGAGCGCCUGCGGGACGACCUCAGACGCGAACGCCAGUACAUCGAUAGACUCGAGACCGACCACGCGCACGCCAAAGACGUCAUAGAGUCGCUCAAGAAGCGCAUGAACCGCCUUGAGAACGACUACGAUGCAAAGCAGGAACUCAAGGACCAACUGCAGCUCGUCAAAGCCGAGCGCGACGAGCUGGAGAAGAAGGCCAAGGCGAACGAGAACCUCAAGAAGAAAAUUGAGUCACUGUCAAAAGAAGCCAAAGCCCUCGAGACGCUACGCCAAGAGCUGCAGCAAGCUAAGGAGAGGCUGCAGGAUCUAGAAGACAUCGAGGAGAAGUGUGCUGCGCUGGAGAAAGUGAACAAAGAGAACAUCCAAACCCUGGUAAACUCCGAGCAAUCCAUCUUCGAGGAGAAGGGCCGGAGGACCAGACUUGAACAUGAGAACAUCGUGCUGAUGAAGCAGGUUGAGCAGAGCAAAGAGAUGCAGUACAAGGCCGAGGACAAGAAUCGGGAGCUUGAGGAUCGGCUGCGAGAUUUUGAGGCGAACGGUACACGCGGCGGCAGCUUGGAAGACGAACUCAAUCACGACGUUAGCGAGGUCACAGAAGACGGCCCCAAUUCGAAGACGCCGAUGGACGGGCGUGUGAGUGCAGAUGCUAUAGCUCUGCAGCAGAGGGUCGAUGUCCUUAGCGCGCGACUGAAGUCGAUGGAGACGGAGACGCUGAAGCAGAUGCAAGAAAACUUAGGACUCAAGUCGGACAUGCUGGCGACCAAGGACGAGGAGAGUCAGAGACCGUUUCUCGAACAGAACGAGAAACUCCACACCACUGAGACCGAGCUCGAAGAGCUGCAGCGUAAGCUUCGCGAGAAGGAACUCGAGAUGGCAGAGCUACGCAACGAGCUUAACAAGAAAUCCGACGCCGAUGAAGAGGUCAAGAACGAAGCUCUACAAUCCGAGCAUGAUCGCAUGCUGGCAUUGCAGCAACAGACUAACCAGAAGCUCCGAGACUUAGAAGUCGCAAGAGACGAAGCACGCAGUCUAUUGUAUGCCUCACUGACAAUCCGUGACGGCCGCAGCCCAGAGCUUCUCCAAGCGCUACGAGAAGCACUGCUACAGCAGGUUAGAGAGCAGAUAGAAGGCGUUAUCAAGACACCUUCCGAUGUCCAACUCAAGGUGCUCGAGGCAACAUCUGCUGAGAUCGCAGACAAGGUCGCGAGUUCGCAAGCCGCGUUGGACAACGUCAGAAAAGAUCUCCAAGAGCAAGAAGCUACAACACUAUCACUCCGCGAGGAGCUCGAGAAAACGAAGAAGGAGAGCGCGGAGAAGGGCUCGGCCGAACUCCAAGCAGAACUCGACGCCCUCCGCCGCGAAAACCGCCUCAUUACCAGUGCGUGGUACGACAUGACGUCCCGCUUGCAGAGCAACACUGUCGUGUUGCAGCGCAAGAACGAGGCACCCAAGAGCUGGCUCGGAAAGCAGAGGGCGGUUGUGGGUGCGGGCGCGCUACCCGGGCGUAGGUAGGAACUGCACGGUGAGCGACUAUGGGCACCGUGAGGUAUCCCAGCCGGAGGGACGGGGAAAUAGAGCACGGUGAGUUAAUUUUGGAAUCGUUGAUUGUUAUUAUACCCAGUGAGGAUGCAUGGUUGGGCGUUUAUAUAUGUCUGAGUGGGGGGG